AUGCUAAUAAUUGAUUCAUAUGCUUUUCAAUUUUGUUAUACUCUGAAAUCUCUUACAAUUACGUGCUCUGUUGCUUAUUUUAGUACCCAUGCAUUCGAUAGAUGCGACAAAAUGACAGAUCUGACACUAAAUUGUAAUGUAUCUAGAAUUGGAGAAAAUGCAUUUUUUACAUGUAAUUGCCUUAAGUCUAUAAGGAUUUAUGGUAAUUUAACAUCAAUCGAAAACUAUGCAUUUUCAGGAUGCCACUUAGUUGAAUCAAUUGAAAUAUAUGGAAGUGUAUCAUCAAUAGGAACAAAUUCAUUCAAAGAUUGUUAUAAACUGUCAAAGCUGGUUCUACCUAAUUGUUUGGCUUCAAUUGGUAAUGCAGCAUUUUAUGGAUGUUAUGAAUUAACUACAAUAUCAUAUAACGGAACAAUUUCAACAAUCGGUGAUAGUGCAUUUGCAAAUUGUUAUAAUCUUUCAUACCUUUCUUUGCAUGGUGAUGUAAUUACAAUUGGACAAUCUUCUUUUAUUAAUUGUAAGAAUCUUACAUCAAUAAUAAUAAACUGUAGCUUCUUAUCAAUUGGGUACGGUGCAUUUAAUAAUUGCCCAAAAUUAAAAUCAUUUUCACACAAUAGUUAUAUUACAAAUCUUGAUUCGAGUUCAUUUUAUAAUUGUCAAAGUCUUAUAUCAAUGAAUAUCACAGGAAAUAUCACAUCAAUCGGAUAUAAUACAUUUUCUGGCUGCGGUAGUCUUGAAACACUCAUCCUUGACUGUCCUCUUAUUUCAAUAGAUGAUAGUGCAUUAUAUUAUUGUAUGAAAUUGAAAUCAGUCGAAUUCCCAUCAACAUUGCAAUCAAUUGGAUAUACAGCAUUUUUUAAUUGCCAAAGCUUGAAAACAUGCAUUUUUAAAGGAAACAUUUCAACAAUUAAAACUAGGGCAUUUACAAACUGUUAUAAUCUUUCUUCACUGGAGUUAAAAGGUGAUUCAAUUAGAAUUUUAUAUGAAUCGUUUGGUUAUUGUCGCAAUUUAAUUUCAUUAUCAAUAUGUUGCAAUUUUGCAUAUAUUUCCUACUAUGCAUUUCCCAAAUGUUAUAAAUUAAUAAAUCUCACGCUUAAUUGCAAUUUGACAAGGAUUGGAUUUUAUGCAUUUUAUGCUUGUAAUUGUGUAAAAUCGAUAAUUCUAUAUGGAAAUAUGACAGAAAUAGAAGACUAUGUAUUUUCUCAAUGCUAUUAUGCAGAAUCUAUUGAAAUAUAUUGUAAUGCAACAUCAAUUGGAAUAUAUUCUUUCACAAAUUGUUAUAAAUUAUCAAAACUUAUAUUACCAAACACAUUGAACACAAUUGAAAGUAGAGCAUUCUACUUAUGCUGUUGUCUUCCAUAUAUUUCGAUUUCUUCCAAUAAUCUUUCUAUUUCCAGUUAUGCCUUUGGGAAUUGCUAUUCUUUGGUUGGUAUAACAUUUAAUUGUAAAUUACUGUCAUUAUCAAGCCGAGUUUUUGAUCAGUGUAAAAAUUUGAAAAGUUUAUACUUCAUGAGUGGAUCUGUAAAUAUAUCAUCACACUCAUUCACAUAUUGUCACAAUCUAACAUGUAUCACAUUUCAAUGUAAUUCUUCAACAAUGAGUUACCUUUGA